UGAAUGUUAAAAGAGAAAGAGAAGCUCACAAAGUCUCAUCAAAGCUGAAACAUCCCACGAGCAUCGUCGCCCCUGCCUCUCUUCAACUUCGCACACCCCCCACCCUCAUCUUCUUCUUCUUCUUCUUCUCAUAAUAACUUUGAGUCGCGCAAGCACAUACAUGGCUCUGGAAACAUGGGUGAUCAAGGUGAAAACCGCCAUAUCCCACGGCCUCAACGCCGUCAAGUCUGGCGCGCCGCACCCCAAGCUGCUCGGCAACAGGAGGCAAAGCGUCGGCGUCUUGGCCUUCGAGAUCGCCGGGCUCAUGUCGAAGCUCCUCCACCUGUGGCAGUCCCUUUCGGACAAGGACGUCGUCCGCCUCCGCAACGAGUCCGUCUCCCUCGAAGGUGUCCGCAAGAUCGUCUCCAACGACGAGGCCUUCCUCCUCGGCCUCGCCUGCGCGGAGAUGGUCGAGAGCCUCUGGCAUGCGGCGAGAGCUGUCGGCGUGCUUGGCAAGCGUUGCGAAGAUUCGAACCUCCGGGACUUUGAAUGGUUUCUUGGUGAGUUCGCGAACAGCGGACGCGAUUCGAACCAUUGGAGCCUGAGCUACAAGGACAUGGAGAUCUUGACGACGAAGAUGGAUCGGUACGUCACUGCGACCACGACGUUGCACCGAGAGAUGGAGGAGCUCUCAGUACUCGAGAGCAGCUUGCGAAAAUCUCUCCAGCUUCAUGAACAGCAACACGACUCGUCUUCGUUGUCGUUGUCGGCGAAAGAACAGAAGAUCAUUGAACUGCAACAGAAGAUAAUGCUUCAGAAGCAGGAGAUCAAGUGCCUCAGAGAGAAAUCUUUGUGGAACCGAAGCUUCGAUUCGGUGACUUUGACGUUAGCGAGGAGUAUAUUCACGAAUCUAGCCAGGAUCAAGCUCGUCUUCGGGCUCGGAAAUCGUUACAUCAUUGUCAGUCCGUCGUCUCUGCCACGCAGCUUGUCGGCUUCUGCGACAGUCCAUCCGAGCGAAAAUCCUCACCACUUCAUAUCGGGACCGUUGAGAAGCCCCCAGCGAGAGGAUCACCGAAAAAAUGAUAGUGAUGAUUCUUCAGCCAAUGCCUUCUUCGAGCCUUAUUCCAAGCUCCUGAAGCCACCGCCCACGACGCUGGGAGCCGCGGCGCUCGCGCUCCACUACGCGAACCUGAUCAUCGUGAUGGAGAAGAUGAUCAAGUCGCCGCAGCUGGUGGGCGCCGACGCGAGGGACGACCUCUACGCGAUGCUGCCGAGCAGCGUGAGGUCGGCGCUGAGGGCGAGGCUGAGGGGCGUGGGCCUGUGCCGCGCGGGAGACCCGGGGCUGGCCUCGGAGUGGCGGGACGCGCUGACGAGGAUCCUCGGGUGGUUAGCCCCACUGGCGCACAACAUGAUCAAGUGGCAGAGCGAGAGGAGCAUCGAGCAGCAGAACAACAGCCUGGCGCAGAGGACGAACGUGUAUCUGCUGCAGACGCUCCACUUCGCGAACACGGAGAAGACGGAGGCGGCAAUCACGGAGCUCUUGGUGGGGCUGAACUACAUAUGGAGGUUCGAGAGGGAGAUGACGGCGAAAGCAUUGUUCGAGUGCACCAACUUGGGCGGUUUGAUCAGUAUUCCAGUCACCUACAGCUAGUUUUCUCCUAAUCCCUCCUAACUUUCCUCCAUCCUCAUCUCCCUCGCUGCUGCUGCUGCAAAAAACCAAAAAAAUCCAUUUUUUUCGGCUCACCACUUGCUGCAGAGAUCUGGGUUUGUUUUUGAUUUCUUACUUUUUCCAUUUUGAGGUUCAGAUCGUCGGGGGUUUGUUUUGUUUCGGGCCCUGAUCGAUCAUCUGUAUGAAUAUGGUGAUAUACGACUAGACCCAUGUAAAGAAGUGACAUGGUUUUGAGGGGUCGAUGUAAUCGGAGCUUGGCUUGGCCAAAUAAAGCUUAGUUCUUACCAACGUCCGUGUCGUCAAAUGUUGUAGAUAAUGUCAUUUUUUGUUGUUGUCGUUGUC